AUGGCGGAGCCCCAGGCGGAGUCGGAGCCCCUCUUGGGCGCGACCCGCGGCGGCAGCGGCCGCGGCCGUGACUGCCCCGCGGCGGCAGUGGCGGCGGCAGCGGUGGCCACCUGCCGCAGCGCCCAGGCCAGAGGAGCCAAGGCUGGACAGGAGCUCUGCAUUGACCAGGCCGUGGUCUUCAUUGAGGACGCCAUUAAGUACCGCUCCAUCAACCACCGCAUGGACGCCAGCGCGAUGUGGUUUUACCGGUGGUAUUACUCCAACUCGUGCCAGCGGGUUUUGAGCUUUAUCAUUUUCUUGAUCCUGUCCCUGGCUUUUGUCGAGACUCCUUCCUCGCUCACGAGCUCCUCGGACGUCCGGUUCCGCAGUGCCGCCUGGGAGCCGCCCUGUGGCCUGACCGAGAGCGUGGAGCUGUUCUGUCUGCUGGUCUUUGUGGCCGAUGUCUUUGUGAAGGGCUACCUGUUUGGGUGGUACCAGUACCGGAGCAGCCCCUGGCUGCUGGCCUACCUCUUGGUGCUGGUGGUGUCACUGAUAGACUGGAUCGUGUCCCUGAGCCUUGUUUGCUGGGAGACGGUGCGGAUCCGCCGGCUCCUGCGCCCCUUCUUCCUGCUGCAGAACUCGUCUAUGAUGAAGAAGACACUCAAGUGCAUCCGCUCCACCCUGCCGGAGAUGGCCAGCGUGGCGCUGCUGCUGGCCUUACACCUGUGCCUCUUCACCAUGUUUGGGAUGUUGCUGUUCACUGGUGAGAAGGAUGACGGGCUGAGCAAGGAGCGGCUGACCUACUUCCGCAACCUGCCUGAGGCCCUAACCUCCCUCCUCGUGCUGCUGACCACAGCCAACAACCCUGAUGUGAUGAUGCCGGCCUACUCCAAGAACCGCAUCUACUGUGUCUUCUUCAUCCUCUUCACUGUCAUUGGCAGCUUGUUCCUGAUGAACCUGCUGACGGCCAUCAUUUACAAUCAGUUCCGGGGCUACCUGAUGCUCUCACUCCAGACAUCCCUGUUCCGGAGACGGCUGGGCACCCGGGCCGCCUACGAGGUCCUCGCCUCCCUGGAGGAGGGGAGAGAGGACCACCCUCAGGCGGUUGGGGUGAAGCCCGAGACCUUCCUGCGGGCACUCCAGAAAACCCACAUGGCCACCCACUGCAAACGUGCCAUUGAGCAGAAGCUGCGAUCCCACGGUGACGGUCUGCUGUCGGCCGACGAGUUUCAGAAACUCUUCAACGAGCUGGACAAAAGAGUGGUUAAGGAGCAUCCCCCGAGGCCUGAGUACCGCUCUCCAUUUCUGCGGAGCGCCCAGUUCCUCUUCGGCCACUACUACUUCGACUACCUGGGGAACUUCAUCGCCCUCGGGAACCUUGUGUCCAUCUGCGUGUUCCUGGUACUAGACUCAGACUUGAUCCCUGAUGACCGUGAUGACUUCAUCCUGGGGAUCCUCAACUCCGUCUUCAUCCUGUACUACCAGGUGGAGAUGCUGCUCAAGAUCUUUGCCCUGGGCCUGUGGGGCUACCUGUCCUACCUCAGCAACCUGUUUGAUGGCUUCCUCACCUUAGUCCUGCUGGUCUUGGAGAUCUCGACUGUGGCUGUGUACCGAUUCCCACACCCAGGCUGGAAGCCGCAGACGGUGGGCCUGCUGUCCUUGUGGGACAUGACGCGGCUGGUCAACAUGCUCAUUGUGUUCCGCUUCUUGCGCAUCAUCCCCAACAUCAAGAUGAUGGCGGUGGUGGCUAACACGCUUCUGGACCUGGUCAGGAACAUGCGGGCCUUCGCCGGCAUCCUGGUGGUGGUGUACUACAUCUUCGCCAUCAUUGGGAUCAACCUGUUUCGGGGUGUCGUCGUGGUGCCCUCGGGAAACAGCAGCCUGGCUGCCGUCAAUGGCUCCGAGCCCUGCGGGAGCUUCGAGCAGCUGGAGUAUUGGCCCAACAACUUCGACGACUUCGCAGCGGCCCUGGUCACGCUGUGGAACGUGAUGGUGGUGAACAACUGGCAGGUGUUCCUGGAUGCGUUCCGGCGCUACUCGGGCCCGUGGUCCAAGGUCUAUUUUGUAUCCUGGUGGCUGGUGUCGUCAGUCGUCUGGGUCAACCUGUUUCUGGCCCUGAUUUUGGAGGGAGGUCCUGGAGGAGCCCAUGGAGGAGGACCUACUAGAGAAGCUGCGGCGUCACCCGCACCUGCAGCUGUGCAGGUGACAUCCAGGUGCCUCCUGGCCAGGCAGCAGGAUGGAGACGCUGGGCUCAGGAAGAUGCCAGCAUGGGAAGAGGCAAAGGGCUGGGGCCAAGCCCGAGGGAGGAGACCUUUCCCUUCGUCAGAACCCCUCGGUCCCCUGGAGCCGGGACAGAGCCUGAGGCCCCCGUUGCUGCUGAGCAAACCACCGCCAGCUUCUCUACGUCCGCAGGGCGGCUGCCGUGGGGCGUGUCCGUGCCACACACGUGGGCCUGCAUAAGCUGCUUCCAUGAUACUUCUUCUGUCUUAAACAAGGAGCCAGGCUCACACCACAGCGGCUCUAAGACGCUCCAAAAAGCAGGAAGCAGUGCUUCCCCUUGGGCCUGGGGAGUCGCCGUGGUGCCUUCGCUGCUGUCAGCUUUCAGGGCCCGGGGCUCGGCCAGGCCCGCUCAGGUUAACAGCAGAUUUCCAGGGCGUUCAGCUUGGGGUCCUGGUGGUUUUAUCUGAAGAGAACUGCGACUGUGUUUUAUUAACGUGUGGCUCGAGUGAGUGUGAUUGGGUGUUUCUCUCCAUGGGUAAGAAUGCCAGUGAGCUUCACCUGUAAGUCUCGCGGAGAAUAGGGCCAGCCCGCCUCUAGUCUGCCUCUCUGGAGCAGGACUGCUGUGUAAGGUGGCGUGCCCUGUGCACUGCAGGAAGGUACCUGGCUGGGAGGGCGUCCUGGCAUGGGGCCGCCUUUCCAGGUGAGGGGUGCCUUUUUCUAAUUUGCACAAAGGCACCUGUAAGCCAGGGCCGGUGGACCCUGCCCUGUGGAUCCUCAGGGCACGUGGCAGAGGGGGCUGGGGUGGGAGGAGGGGGCAUGAGCAGUGCGUGGCAGGCCGCGUUGUCACUCGAUCCACCCUCGAUCCCCAGGAGCAGGCUGGUAGUGUUGAGAAGGGUUACAAUCCUCAUGGGAAAGAACUCUGCAGUUGGCUAGUGAUGUCUGCUGUGGGCCCUGAAGGGCGAUGAGGGCCCAGAUGCUGCUUCUACCAAGAAGUGGGCUUCCCCUCAGGAGCAGAAAGUGGGCUUCCGAUGCCCCUCAGCUUGACUGCGAAAUGGGAUUCGAGGGUAGCUUAUGGAAGGUGACUUCUAAGCUUCUCAAACCCGAGGGUUCUUGUGGAUCCUGGAUAGUGCAUCCACGCGCAGUGUAGCUGCCGGUCCUGGGGUUUGUGAGAAGUCCCCUGCA